CAGCUGAGCGGAAUGGAACACAGUGCAGGUUAGUUCACGGACCGGCACCAGCUGGGACGCUGUUGACCGACCGGACCGGACCGGGGGUUGUGUUCGCCCCGGCUUUUUCUGCGCUUUCUUUCCUCGGUGCCGCUCUCUGGAGCUCGGCUCGCGACCAGGUUCGGACAUUCGGAGCUCGCUCGGAGCGGACGCCGCCACCACCAGCGAGGAAGAGAAGGACGAGGAGGAAGGAGCGAGAGCGAGAGAGAGAGAGAGCGAGGGAGAGACACCGGCGGGGACCAUGCCUGGCUCCAUGCCCAUUACGGAGCGACCGCCUCCGCUAGGUGACGGCGGGAAACGCACGGCCGAAGCGGAGAAGACGGCCAUGUCCGGCGGCGGCGGCGACGCGAAUUCCGUCAUGCUGCCGGCGGGCAUCAUCGACCCGUCGGUUCCCAUCCGAGAUAUUCAAACCAAAUUUGCGGUUCUCAGCGGACUCAUUCAAGCCGGAGAGGUCAGCAACCGGGACAUCGUGGAAACGGUGCUCAAUUUGUUGGUGGGCGGCGAGUUCGAUUUGGAAAGCAACUUCAUCAUCCAAGACGCCGCCGGCAUCGGCUGCCUGCCGGCUGUGCUGGAGCGCUGCGACGUCGCCUGCCAGGCGGAAAUCUGGAGCAUGCUCGGCGCCAUGCUCCGCAAGAGCGUGCGCAACCUGCAGAUGAGCAGCGAGGUGGGCCUCAUCCGCCGGCUGCUGCUCCGGAUCGGCUCGGCCGACGACAUGAUUGCAGACCUGCUGGUGGACAUGCUGGGCGUGCUGGCCAGCUACAGCAUCACGGUGCACGAGGUCAAGCUCCUCUUCAGCAUGCUCCAAGGAGAAGGCGACCUCUGGCCCAGGCAUGCGCUGAAAAUGCUGACCGCGCUCAACCACAUGCCCCACCCGCACGGACCCGACGCCUUCUUCAACUUCCCCGGCCGCAGCGCUGCUGCCAUCGCUUUACCUCCCAUCGCCAAGUGGCCUUACCAGAACGGCUUCACGUUCAACACCUGGUUCAGGAUGGAUCCCUUGAGCAACAUCAACGUGGAUAAGGACAAGCCCUAUCUCUACUGCUUCCGCACCAGCAAAGGCAUCGGCUACUCGGCGCAUUUUGUCGGCAACUGUCUGAUCGUCACAUCUCUCAAAUCCAAAGGGAAAGGUUUCCAGCACUGCGUCAAAUACGAUUUCCAGCCCAGGAAGUGGUACAUGAUCAGCAUCGUCCACGUCUACAGCCGCUGGAGGAACAGCGAGAUCCGUUGCUACGUCAACGGCCAACUGGUUUCGUACGGGGACAUGGCCUGGCACGUCAACACAAAUGAUAGUUACGAGAAGUGCUUCCUGGGCUCCUCGGAGACGGCGGACGCCAACCGAGUCUUCUGCGGCCAGCUGGGAGCCGUCUACGUCUUUGGCGAGGCUCUGAAUCCGGCGCAGAUCUUCGCCGUCCACCAGCUCGGUCCGAGCUACAAGAGCACGUUCAAAUUCAAGUCGGAGAGCGACAUCCACCUGGCCGAGCAUCACAAGCGCGUCUUGUACGACGGCAAGCUGGCGGGCGCCGUCGCCCUGGCCUACAACGCCAAGGCCACCGACGCCCAGCUCUGCUUGGAGUCUUCCCCCAAGGAGAAGGCCUCCUCCAUCUUUGUGCACUCGCCCCACGCGCUCAUGCUACAGGACGUCAAAGCCACGGUGACUCACUCCAUCCAGCGGGCCAUCCACUCCAUCGGAGGCAUCCAGGUUCUCUUCCCGCUCUUCGCUCAGCUGGACUACCAUCAAUCGAGCGAAAGCCAAGCGGAAGCCACCGUGUGCGCGACCCUGCUGGCCUUCCUUGUGGAGUUGCUGAAGAGCUCGGUGGCCAUGCAAGAGCAGAUGCUGGGCGGGAAGGGCUUUUUGGUCAUUGGCUACCUGCUGGAAAAGUCGUCCCGCACGCACAUUAGCAGGUCGGUGCUGGAGCAGUUCCUCUCCUUCGCCAAGUAUCUGGACGGGCUACCGUACGGGGCGCCGCUACUCAAGCAGCUCUGCGACCACAUCCUGUUCAACGCCGCCAUCUGGAUCCACACCCCCGCCAAGAUCCAGCUGUCUCUGUACACGUACCUGUCGUCGGAAUUCAUCGGCACGGCGACCAUCUCCAGCACCGUCCGGCGAGGCGGUACCGUGCUGCGGCUCAUGCACACACUCAAGUACUACUACUGGGCCGUCAACCCGGCGGACGCCAGCGGCAUCGGCCCCAAGGGGCUCGAUGGUCCACGACCGACCCAGAAAGAAAUCAUCUCCCUGCGGGCCUUCCUGCUUCUUUUUCUCAAACAACUCAUCUUGAAGGACGGAGGUGUGAAGGAGGACGAGCUGCAGAGCAUCCUCAACUAUUUGUUGACAAUGCAUGAAGAUGAGAACCUCCACGACGUCUUGCAGCUGGUGGUGGCCCUCAUGUCCGAGCACCCGGCCUCCAUGGUCCCGGCUUUUGACCAGAGAAACGGAAUACGGGUCAUCUACAAACUGCUGGCAUCCAAGAGCGAAAGCAUUCAAGUGCAGUCCCUCAAAGUGCUCGCCUACUUCCUCAAACAUUUGGGACACAAGAGGAAGGUGGAGAUCAUGCACAGCCAAAGCCUCUUCACCCUUCUGGGCGAGAAGCUCCUGCUGCACGGAGGCGCCGUGACAGUAACCACCUACAACACGCUCUACGAGAUUCUGACGGAGCAGGUGUGCACGCAGGUGGUCCACAAGCCGCACGCCGAGCCCGACUCCACCGUCAAGAUUCAGAACCCAAUGAUCCUCAAAGUGAUCGCCACCUUAUUAAAGAACUCUGCCCCCGGCGCCGAGCUGAUGGAAAUUCGCCGCCUCUUCCUCUCCGACAUGAUCAAACUGUUCAGCAGCAGCCGAGAGAACAGACGAUGUCUUCUUCAGUGCUCGGUGUGGCAGGACUGGAUGUUUUCGCUGGGCUACAUCAACCCCAAAAGCCCGGACGAGCAGAAGAUCACCGAGAUGGUGUACAACAUCUUCCGGAUCCUGCUCUACCACGCCAUCAAGCACGAGUGGGGCGGCUGGCGCGUCUGGGUCGACACGCUCUCCAUCGCGCACUCCAAGGUGACGUAUGAGGCACAUAAGGAGUACCUGGCCACGAUGUACGAGGAAUACCAGCGUCAAGAAGAGGAGAACAUCAAGAAAGGAAAGAAAGGCUCGGUCAGCACCAUCUCGGGUCUGUCGGCCGCCGGCAUGACGGGCUCGGCGGAGAUGGCAGAAAUGGACGGCGGCUCUCCGUCGCCCGGCAGCGACGGCGCCGGUCCGCGCGACCCGUUGGCCGAGAGGCGGAACCCGGCGGAGGGCGCGGCUGCGGAAGGCGUAGAAGCGGAAGUCCAGAACCUCCUGGUGGACAUCAAGGCAGAGAAGGUGGAGGCCACGGAGGUGAAGAUGGACGACUUGGACGCGCUGAUGGAAGUGGACUCUCUUCUGGACGAGAUUUACUGCGGCGCGUUGCUGCCGAAAGACGGCGCCACGGACCGGCAGAUCUCGGCUCCUCUCAUCUCGCUGGACGACGACGACGACAAAGACGACGUCCCUCAGGGCGGUGCUUUAUUGUUCCGCAAAGCGGAGGACUCUUUGUUGCCAGACUUGAAUGCAGCUCUUCCUUCGGGGUCUCCACCUGGCCUUCUGCCCACCUCCGACUUUGCCUCUUUACCCGGCAUCCUGGAAAAGGAUGACUUUGAACUCCUCAACUCUGCCGAGGAGGCCUUGAUUCCGGAGGCCGGUGUCGCGGCGCCCUCUAAAGGAGACAUUUCUGCCUUGUGGAGCAGCAGCCUCAAGCCUUUCCAAGCGGAGAGAGUGGAGGACAGCAAGGAGAUGAAGAUUCAGACCACGGCCACCACGCAGAGCCUAAACAACUGCCUCGGCGCCGACUUCGGGUCCGGCGACACCCCGACAGAGGACGACGACGACCAGCAGCGACAGCGGCGACAGUUCAGCCCGGGCCCUCGCACCACCAUGUUCCGUAUCCCCGAGUUCAAAUGGUCGGCCCUGCACCAGAGGCUGCUAGCAGACCUGCUUUUUGCCCUGGAGAGUGACGUGCACGUCUGGAGGAGCCACUCCACCAAGUCCGUCAUGGACUUUGUGAACAGCAGCGAGAACAUCAUUUUCGUCCACAACAGCAUCCAUCUCAUCUCUCAGAUGGUGGACAACAUCAUCAUCGCCUGCGGCGGGAUCCUGCCGCUGCUCUCUGCCGCCACCUCGCCUUCAGUAAGUGCUCACUGUCAGGCUACAGUGACAUCUAGUGGCGGUGUGGCUGCUGCGCACGGCUUAUUUGGAGGACAUGAAAUGACGCGCUAUUUACGUUUUGCCUUUGAGGUGGAGAACAUCGAGGCCACGCAGGGCAUGUCGGCAGAGACGGCCAUCACCUUCCUGUCCCGCCUGAUGGUGAUGGUGGACGUGCUGGUCUUCUCCAGCUCGCUCAACUUCAGCGAGAUCGAGGCGGAGAAGAACAUGUCCUCCGGCGGCCUCAUGCGUCAAUGCCUGAGACUCGUGUGCUGCAUGGCAGUGAGGAGCUGUCUGGAGUGCAGGCAGAAGCAUGAAAUGUUGUCCGCUCCCAACAAGUGCCAGGACAUGCUGCCAGAUGCUGUCACUCUUGGCAAGCUGUCCCCCAUCAAGGACCCCGAUCGCCUCCUGCAGGAUGUGGAUAUCAAUCGCCUGCGUGCUGUGGUCUUCCGUGACGUGGACGACAGCAAGCAAGCUCAGUUCCUGGCUCUGGCCGUGGUCUACUUCAUCUCGGUUCUCAUGGUGUCCAAGUACCGCGACAUCUUGGAGCCUCAGCGCCAGACGGGCAGGACGAGCGCCAAGUCGGGCCACUCCGCGCAAAGCCAUCGGGAAGCCCACUCGGCCGCCGGCGCAGUGUCUCCUGCAGAACCCGCUCAGACAUUUUUGGACCCUCCAGGCGUCCCUUCACCCUCAGAGGAGCACUCGCUUCCCCACGGCGAGCCGGGUAUCAGAACCGAGCGGGUCGUCAGCGUCGUCAACGGCUGUGACUCCGCCGGCGAGCUCUUCUCCGAGCCUGCGCCGCCCUCCUCCUCGGGCCUCAACGUCAAAGAGAUCCUCAAGAGUUUGGUGGCACCGCCCGUGGAGGGCGUGGAGGCGGGGCUGGAGCCGGUGUCCUGCCCGGACUCUGCCGCCAAGGCCCAGACUGCGCUGCCUGUGCAGUUUCACUCCUUUGACAGGAGCGUGGUGGUGCCUGUGAAGAAGUCCCACCCGGGUGGCCUGGCCGUCACGGCGGCGGGAGGCAGCCCUGCGAGCGGCCUGCCGACCCCCAACAUCUUUGCGGCUGCCUCAAGCACCCCCAAGAGCACCAUCAACACCAUGGGAGCCGUGGACGCCGCCGCCACGGCGACCUCGUCUUCGUCCGGUCUGGUCAACGGCGCCACCAGUAAGAAUCUCCCGGCUGUGCAGACGGUGGUGCCCAUGCCCGAGGACACGCUCCAGAACGUGAGCAUCACCUCCAAACUGGAGCGAGCUUUGGAAAAGGUGGCGCCGCUACUCAGGGAGAUCUUCGUGGACUUUGCGCCAUUUCUGUCGCGAACACUGCUGGGCAGUCACGGACAGGAGCUGCUCAUCGAAGGUCUGGUGUGCAUGAAGUCAAGCACGUCGGUGGUGGAGCUCGUUAUGCUGCUUUGUUCUCAAGAGUGGCAGAACUCCAUCCAGAAGAACGCCGGCUUGGCCUUCAUUGAGCUCAUCAACGAGGGAAGGCUGCUGUGUCACGCCAUGAAGGACCACGUCGUGCGGGUGGCCAACGAAGCCGAGUUCAUCCUGAACAGACAGCGAGCCGAGGACGUCCACAAACACGCAGAGUUUGAGUCAAACUGCUGCCAGUACGCCGCCGAGAGACGCGAGGAAGAGAAGAUGUGCGAUCACCUGAUCGGCGCCGCCAAGCAUCGAGACCACGUGACGGCCAGUCAGCUGCGGCAGAAGAUCGUCAACAUCCUCACCAACAAACAUGGCGCCUGGGGGACCUCGGGCCAAAGGCCGCCUCACGACUUCUGGCGUCUGGACUACUGGGAGGACGACCUGCGGCGUAGGCGGCGCUUGAUCAGGAACCCGCUGGGCUCGGCGCACUCGGACGUGUCGUGCAAAACUCUGCAGGAGUACGUGACCGAAGAGGACGAGCUGGUCAAGUUAAAGACUUCCCCGCUCUUCCCCGGCCAAAGUGUUGCCAACCAAAACCCCGAAACGGAGCUGAUUCUGGAGGGAGACGACGACUCUGCCGGCCUGCUGCAGGAGAAAGAGGCCGACAAUCUGGGUGGCCCUGUGGUACUGAGUAGCCCGGCCCAGCUGGUGGCGCCCGGCCUGGUGGCCCGGGGGACCCUCUCCAUCACCGGCAGCGAAAUCUACUUUGAGGUGGACGAGGACGACCCCGCCUUCAAGGGGGUCAGCCCCAAGGUGUUGGCCUACACUGAAGGUCUGCACGGGAAGUGGAUGUUCAGCGAAAUCCGCGCCAUCUUCUCCAGGCGUCACCUGCUGCAAAACACAGCCAUGGAGGUCUUCAUGGCCAAUCGAACGUCCGUCCUGUUUAACUUCCCCGACCAGGCCACGGUGAAGAAAGCAGUCCACAGUCUUCCUCGAGUCGGAGUGGGGACCAGCUACGGACUCCCUCAAGACAGGCGCGCCUCACUGGCCAGCCCUCGGCAGCUCUUCAAGUCGUCCAACAUGACGCAGCGCUGGCAGAGGAGAGAGAUCUCCAACUUUGAGUACCUCAUGUUCCUCAACACCAUCGCAGGCCGGACGUACAACGACCUGAACCAGUACCCGCUCUUCCCCUGGGUUCUGGCCAGCUACGACUCUCAGGAGCUGGACCUCACCCUGCCCGCCAACUUCAGAGAUCUCUCCAAGCCCAUCGGCGCUCUCAACCCGAAACGCGCCGCCUUCUUCGCCGAGCGCUUCGAGUCGUGGGCCGAUGACCAGACGCCGCCGUACCAUUACCCAAGCUUCUGCUCCACCGCCGCCUGCGCGCUGCACUGGCUCGUCAGGAUGGAGCCCUUCACCAGCUUGUUUCUCAGCGCCAACGAUGAUAAAUUUGACCACCCGGACCGCAUCUUUUCCUCCAUCGCCCGCUCAUGGAGGAACUGUCAACGAGACACCUCCGACGUCCGGGAGCUGAUCCCGGAGUUCUUCUACCUGCCGGAGAUGCUGGUCAACUCCAACGGCUACCAUCUGGGAAUGCGGGAAGACGGCGCCGCCGUGGGCGACGUGGACCUGCCGGCCUGGGCCAGGACCCCUGAAGACUUUGUGAGGAUCAACAGAAUGGCGCUGGAGAGCGAGUUUGUGUCGUGUCAGCUGCAUCAGUGGAUUGACCUCCUUUUCGGCUACAAGCAGCGAGGGCCCGAGGCCGUGCGCGCCCUCAACGUCUUUCACCACCUGACCUACGAGGGCGCCGUCAGCCUGGACGCCAUCGCAGAUCCUUUGACCAGAGAGGCCACGGAGGCGCAGAUCCGGAGCUUUGGACAGACGCCAUCUCACUUGCUCAUCGAGCCACAUCCUCCACGCAGCUCCGCCAUGCACCUGAGUCCGCUGAUGUUCAAGGACCAGCUGCAGCAAGACGUCAUCAUGGUGCUGAAGUUCCCGUCCAACUCGCCGGUGACGCACGUGGCCGCCAACACCCUGCCACAUCUCGCCGUUCCGGCCGUGGUCACCGUCACGUGCAGUCGCCUCUUCGCCGUCAACCGAUGGCACAACACGCUCGGCCUCCGAGGAGCACCAGGAUAUUCCCUGGAGCAGGCUCAUCAUCUCCCAAUCGAGAUGGACCCGCUGAUCGCCAACGGCGCUGCGAGCAACAAGCGUCAGAUCACAGACUUAGUGGACCAGAGCAUCCAGAUCAGCACGCAAUGCUUUGUGGUGACAGCUGACAACCGCUACAUCCUGGCGUGCGGCUUCUGGGACAAGAGCUUCCGCGUGUACUCCUCCGAGACAGGAAAGCUGACCCAGAUCGUGUUUGGUCACUGGGACGUGGUGACGUGUCUGGCGCGCUCCGAGUCCUACAUCGGGGGCGACUGCUACAUCGUGUCGGGUUCCAGAGACGCCACUCUUCUUUUGUGGUACUGGAGCGGCAGGCAUCACAUCAUCGGUGACAACCCCGUCAACGGCGACUACCCGGCGCCACGAGCUGUCCUCACGGGUCACGACCAGGAAGUGGCGUGCGUGGCGGUGUGUGCUGAGCUGGGGCUGGUCAUCAGCGGGGCCAAAGACGGUCCGUGCCUGGUGCACACCAUCACGGGGGACCUGCUGCGGGCGCUGGAGGCUCCCGAGAGCUGGCGGCAGCCGCGGCUCAUCUCGGUGUCCAGCGAGGGCCACUGCAUCGUCAACUACGAGCGCGGACGCUUCUGCAACUUCAGCGUCAACGGCAAGCUGCUGGCCCACAUGGAGCUCCGCGACAGCACCAGGGCCAUGGUGCUGAGCAGCGACGGGCACAACCUGGCGACGGGCGGCGACAACGGCGUGGUCCAAGUGUGGCAGGCGUGCAGCCUCAAGCCGCUCUACGUGUACCCGGCCUGCGACGCCGCCGUCAGAGACAUGGACCUGUCACAUGACCAAAGGACUCUGAUCACCGGGAUGGCCUCAGGGAGUAUCGUAGCAUUCAACAUCGACUUCAACCGCUGGCAUUACGAGCACCAACACAGGUACUGAUCCCCGACCCGGCGGACACUCUGGACCUGGACUGUGACUGUCCCCGAUCUCGGUGGCCUUGAAAAGUGAAGCAAAGAACGGACGGGUUUGCGUUCAGCAUGGACGUGCUUUCUGCUGGUUUCACGUCACCGGCCGCAGUUCAGGGAAGCCAACCAGAACGUGUAAAUAUGCAACAAAAUGGUUCCUAGACUUGCUUGUCAACCAAACAAGACAUGACGAUGAAUUGGUGGUUUUGGUUAAAGAAAUCCUUUUAAGUCGGAACUCUUUAUUUCUGUCAGCUUGUGCAUUUUAAAUAUUCAGACACGGAACUGAACUGUUGGGAGUUUCCAUCCUCGUGGGACGCACAGCUGGCCAAAGCAAAUAUAAUUGGAGAGAGUCACAAGUAUUUACAAGCCAGAAAAUUGUUUUUGGGUCUUUUUCAUUGCCCAGAUGUGCUGAGGCCAAAAUGGUGGCGCCCAUUAACUCCUAAAAGGGGGAGAAAAUCUUCCAACAGGUUCUCAACCUGGUGAUUUUUUUUUACAUGCAGACGCAGCCGCCAUGUUGUCACUGACAUUAGAACUCUCCUCUUGUUAUUAACAUUUACAAAACGAGAUCAACAUUUUUUAAUCAAGAAAAGUUUUGAAUCAUAUCAUAAUAAAUGCAUGUUUUGUUUGCCAGCUCAGCUAAAUUGAGCGUCAACGUGUUUGUGUAAUGUGCACAUGCUGACGCUUUAUUUGAUUUUAAUGUUUUUUGUUUUAAGUACAUUUGUCCAUUUCAAAAGUGCCGUGUGUGCUGGGAAGCAAUAUGAAACUUCAAAGGAACUGCGCAGUAUUAACAUGAAAUUUCAUAACAAAUAUGCAAAUUGUUUCAUGUUUUUUGGCAAACUUGCGAGAGGUGAGCGACAGCGGGAACGCAAGUUUUCACUUGUUUUCAUUUGAGAAUAAUUUAAUUUAAAUUAUAUUAAUUUGUUCACAUUGUGAAUGUUUUAUAUGUGCCAUGAUGCUUGGUUGACUUGUAUUUAUUUUUCUCAGUUGCAUUUUUGAUUUUUAAAAAAAUGUCUGGGAUGAUGUCUUCGGUUGGUAUUUAAGCAAACGUGUUUCAAAAUGACUGAAUUCAUAUUGCUGAAGGUUUUCUUUUCCGCGUGCUUAUACUGCCCUCUACUGUCUGAACCUGUCACAGCAGGACUUCGCUUUCAAAAAGUCAUGCAGCAAUUGUUUGCCCACAUCACUUGUAUCCUUUUAAUACGUUUAAAUU